CCCUGUACAAUGGCCCAUUGUCACCUUCAUCAUUAUCGCACCGACUGCUCUUGAAGGCGCGUCAGAAUGAGCGCUUCUGCGACAGCACCGAGCUCGGACGUCAAAGUUGACGACAGCAGUUUCUUCUACAAUGGCGACAACCACAAGAUCGUCUGCAAGUCUUGGAGGGGCGAAUCAGAACCGAGGGCGCUGGUGUUCCUUGCACACGGCUACGCCGAGCACUGCCACGACCCUAGCUACGACACCUUGGCCCGGGCCUUGGUAGGACUCGGCUGCUACGUGUUCGCUCACGACCACGUCGGCCACGGCAUGAGCGAAGGGCGUCGUGCGAUGGUCAAGUCCGCCGACGUGUACGUUGACGACAUCCUCAAGCACGUGGACACGGAGCGGUCAAAGUUCUCCAAAAAGCCUGUCUACCUCGUGGGCCAUUCCAUGGGUGGACUGCUGGUGGUCAUCGCAGCGCAAAGAAGGCGCGACGAUUUCGCCGGCCUGGUUCUGGUGGCACCUUUACUCGGAAUCGACAAGGAACUGGCCACCUGGUUCAGGAGGACCCUGGCUCGCGUUCUCGGUUUCGUCUUGCCGUCGUUUCCCGUGGGCACUCUUGAUCCGGAGUUGCUGUCCAGGGACCCCGAGGCCGUGCGCCACUUCGUGAACGACCCACUCCGCUACCACGGCAGCGCAUGCGCCGGAUGGGCGGCGGCCAUCAUCCCGGCACUCGAGAGUGCAGUGGAACACGUGAACUCCGUGGAGCUGCCGCUUCUCAUACAGCACGGUACUGCCGACAAGGUCUGCGACCCGGAAGGCUCGAAGGUAUUCUUCGAUAAAGCUCCCAGCAAGGAUAAGACCAUGAAGACCUAUCUUGGAGCGUACCACGAUCUAUUGUGCGAACCCGAAGACGUUCGGCAACAGGUACUCAAAGAUAUUGUCGAUUGGUUCUCGACAAGGCUUUCCCCAGGGCAGACUUCUUCUGGACAAGCCGAUCCAUCGGUUCAGCAUUAAGAAGCGACAAGUGGCUGGAAAAAAAGAAGCCUGCGUUGUUGCCGCGAUAGAAUCAACCUCUCAUUUCCAGUACAUUUCGGCAUGAUCAGUACAUAGUGCGCGCUGGUUAACAAAGGCGCUAUUUGCAAUCUUUUAUCGCUGCGUUGAUGAUAGUGAGCUGGUUUCUGGCAGGUAUUAAGCAUGAUUUCGCUAGUGGAAUAAAGACUAAACUUGAUUAAAUUACAGCCUUACUUGCCACACUGAGUUCCGUCCCCACCGCGGCGGCUGUAUUUCUAUGUGAUGGGCGAAUUGCAAAAGCGCUCGUGUAUUAGAUUUAUGUGCACUCUUUAAAGUGCAGAUAAAUUCAUAAUUUAUGAUGAUAUGGUGGUGGUGGUGGUGGUGGUGAUGAUGAUGAUAUAUGGGUUUUAUUGGCACAAGUGCCAGGGAUGGCCAAAGAGGGCCAACGGUCAUAAUUAAUCCGAAGUCCCCACUACACGGCGUGCCUCAUAAUCAGAUCUUAGUUUUGGCACGUAAAACCUCGAAAUCUAAUUAAAUUAUUUCAUAUAUGAGAUGACGUUGAUGGGCUUUCAUUACUUUGCGCAUGUGCUAGCUGAGGUCCGUCUGCAGCACAUGCUGUUCCUUUGUUUUUUUUUCUGUGUUUUUUUUUUUUCUUCUCCCGUGUUUGUGUAAAAGUGCUCUUCUUGACAAAUAAAGCCUUAGUUGUGAGUUAAGCUCCU